CAUAUGUUUCAUAACAUUAUUUCUAUUUCUAGAAAGCGAAUUUGUGGAAUUGUUAUAAAUGGCGCAAAGUAGAUUAGAAAAAAUUGGAACUAUAUUCACAAGAGUAAAUGGCCUAAUAAAAGCCGGUGCCAUGAAAAAUGAGGACAGACCCAUUUGGUUUGAUUUGUAUACUGCUUUUCCACCAAAACUAGAACCACGUUUUGAUCGUCCUGCAGCCGACAUAAAAAUCAAAAAUAUAUUUUAUGCAGAGGACUUAAUAAGAGCAAAAUUUCAUAAAACGACAAAACAAAAUGAAACUAUAAACUUUUUGGAUACGAGAAGGAAAACCCAAACACAAAAUUUUAUUCAGAUUUAUGAAAAUUUAAAAACUCAAAAUCCGCUAGAUGACGAGAAAUUGUAUGAGACAGCAGUUGAAUUGUUAGCAGAGCAAUCCAGAAACGCAAGUUCUGAAAAAAGUUCAGAGGCCACCGAUGAGAUCAAAACAACACUAUCCAAUGAUUUCGCAGAAAGCUUGGAUAAAGAGGGGCGUAACAAAUCUGGUGUAAAUGUAGACAUUCAAAAAUUAUUCAGUGAAUAAAACAAUAUCUUCUGAAUUAAACAUAAA